AUGGCUUCCUUUUCAGUUCGCGUUGAAAAGUUCGGCCCUGGAAAGCUGAUCCGUGUUCAUACUCCCGCCCUUCGCUGUGCCUUUGCUACACUUGGGGCCGCCAUCAACUCCGUGAAGGUGUGGGAUGCCCGCCGCUCACGUUGGGUGGAGGUGAACUGUGCCUACAAUUGCCCGGAGGAGGCGGCCGCAGAUACAGACUACAUGGGACCCACCGUGGGGCGUUAUGCUGGCCGCAUCAGCAAUGGCACAUUCACACUAGAUGGUGAAGAGCAACACGUAUCCCGCAAUAUGGAUGGUCGUCAUACCAUUCAUGGUGGUGCGGAUGCCUUUAACAAGCGUCAGUGGUCGUACUUCAUUUUGGAGUCGGAGGAUAUUGUCGGUGUGCGUUUCAGUCUUGUUUCUCCGCACAUGGACCAAGGAUUCCCAGCAGAAUUGCACAGUUACGUCUUUUACUAUGUGGAGCGAAGCAAGCCGAAUGUGUUGCACACGAGGUUCUCCGCCUUUAUUCCAGAAGGAUCACCAGCUGAUGCCACCGUGGUGAACAUCUUCAACCAUGCCUACUGGAACCUAAACGGUCUACCAGAAAGGAACACAGCAAGGAACCCACGCUGGACACAGCCGGAGAAGGUUCUCAACAUUGUACUCAAAAUGCCAUGCAGCCGCGUUGUGGAGGCAGAUACUUGUGGGAUUCCCACCGGUAAUUUAAAGGAUGUCACUGGCACUUGCCUGGACUUCCGCAAGGGUAAGCCACUUGGUGAGGAUAUAGACAACAAGGCUACUCUGAAGUGUGAUCCCUGUGGUUAUGACCACCCUCUGGUGGUGGACGGAUGGAAGGAGUCGGAGAAACACAAGCUUCUACUCAACGCAGUGGCCUACAGCCCAUCAUCACAUAUUCAGAUGAAGGUGUAUUCCACGUUCCCAAGCAUCUGGGUCUACACUGCAAACAAUAAGCCGGCAAAUGUGAGUGGCAGGAAGGGAGAGCGGUAUGGACGUCACACCGGUGUGUGUCUGGAGCCCCAGCACCUGCCGGACUGUCCAAACCAGCCAUCAUUCCCAUCUGUGGUGCUUCGCAAGGGAGAGACCUGGCGUGAGGCUAUAGUGAACGAGUUCAACGUUGUGAGCGACUCCCACAUGUGA